AUGUUUCCUACAUCAACACUCGUCUUGAUACUACUCGUAGCUUUGCCUUCAACUAUGGCUGACGAGUUUUACAAGCGCACACCUCUGGGAACAAUGCGUUUUGGAAAACGGUCAUCGGCUAUGGAGAAUUUUCUUCUCACUGAGCAACUUUUCGGACGCAAAAGGGCUGAUGGUUCAUCGGAACGCUCAAUUCGAGCUCCACUUGGAACUAUGCGUUUCGGGAAACGUUCUAUGGAUGUAGAAGACCCGACGUUAGCUGGCAACUCUUAUUUGAUUCGCAAGUAA